CGCGUGCGCGUGCAGGGCCUCCUGCCGCUGUUCCUCCGGGCGGUCGCGAGGCUGGCGGCCUGCGUGGCGACGCGGCCGGUGACGGCGACGGCGGCCACGGUGCUGUACCACGCCGGGGCGCUGCCGAGGGACCCCGCGCUGGAGCGGCUGGUCUGCGACGACUUGCUCGACGGCGGCGGCGACGACUGCAUCCUGCAUUUCGUCGUCGGUGUCAUGAGGUCCGUGGGCUAGCCCCCUGCUGCACCUGCAGUCCUGUACUCCUGUGCACGGCCUGAGUCCAAGCCACCUACCCACUGCUGACUUGAUUUGGCGUUUUCUUUUGACAAACAAAUGAGAUGAUAGAGGAGUUUGGCAAGCGUUGGUCAGUUGUUUUGACUCGAAACAACAGUGGAUUAAAGAAAAGCAUGGAAAUCUGUCCUACUUUUUA